UCGAGAUGGCAGUGGAACUCCAGCCCCUUAUUAUUAUUAUUAUUAUUAUUAUUAUUAUUAUUAUUAUUAUUAUUAUUAUUAUUAUUAUUAUUAUUAUUAUUAUUAAUUAGAACAGAAGAAGCUCUUGGUGAGUUAUUGAAGGAGAUACAGAGACACAGUUCAUUGGUGAGAUAUGAAGCUAUGGCCAACAUAAUAGCCAACCACUGCCAGUCUGAAGAUAAGAUAAUUCAGAAGAUUGCUCUCAAAUGGUUGGAUGUGUUUCUUGAUUUGGCUGGUCGUGUUAUGCUCAGGUUCACUGCUAACAUACUAAUAGCAGUACUCCCAUGUCUAGCUUAUACUGGAGACAAAGAAGACAUUAGACGAGUGGCCUCAAAUGUUAAUAGAAAACUGAAAGAGUUGAUCCUUCCGACUGACGAUGAUGACACUAACACUGAUCUCACUGAUCAGAUUCAAGUUAAUCUCAUGACCGGAUCACCAGGGAUCAACAUCACGCCCACGCAAUCCCCGAAAUCAUCUCCGACGAGAAUCAGGAAACAAGUUGUAUCCGGUAAAACCACCUCACCAAAAACCUCAAAGACGUCUACAAAUGUUGCCCCACCCACCAAAGUGACUCCGCCCACUCAAACUGCCCCACCCAUACAACCUACCCUGCCCACUCAAACUGGUAUUAACGAGGUUGGUUCUAAUGCAGAGGGUCCUGAUACAGGAGAGGUGGGUGUGGUUAAGUUCAGUUUAUUGACUGUGCUUGGUGUCCUCAUGCCUCAUAUGAGCUUCACUGAACAAGAAACUAAACUGGAGACGCUUCGCUGGUUGCUAUGGUUACACGACAAGCUACCAAAGAGAGUAAGAAUAUUAUAUUAAUAACUACCAAUAUAACUAUUAA